UCAUUUGUUCAUUUUCGUUUAGUCUGGUUUAGCCUUUGACACAGAGUGGGAUGAUAUAGGAUCUGCGAAUGUCUGGAGUUUUGAAAAUCGCACGUGUUUACGUUGAUUUUAUGCGUGCUACGUGAUGUUGUAAGGUGACGACGUUAUAUUACGCACAUCCGAACUGAUGUUUUAUUUCAUGAAUUUAAGACCCUUUGGUUAAAUUCAGAGACAAAAAAAUCACAUUUGUAUUACGUAAAUACGCGGUAUACGAAAAGUACCAGGAUUUUUAUAUACAUGUCAAAUUUGAAUGCUGCUAUAUUGCUAUAUUUGCUUUGAAUGUUUUAACCUACAAAAAAUCGAAGAUGUGUUGGAAAAGCAGAGGAGAAACGGAAAAUUAGCCUAAAGAAAGGUAUUCGGAAUAGAAUGGUCUUGCAAAAAAUCAGUUACGAUUUCGUAAAAAGCUUUCGACAUGUGCACGCUAGAACGAGCGAAUCUCGCGGCAACAAGAGCUUUCGUCGAUUGUACAUGGCAUUACCGCGGCUCACGCCGCAGGAGGUCACAAAUGUUUUACAAGCCAAUGAAUAUACCAAAGAAUUCUCUGGCCCCGGUUCGAUAAAAUAUUAUGACUCUAAUCAGUUGGCGUCUAAUAAUCCUAUAGAAGAUACAAGAUCCGAGGCUCAAUGUUUGCUAACUAAAGGUGUAUUAUUAGGAGUUUUCGAUGGCCAUGGCGGUGGUGCCUGCGCACAAGUGGUAUCAAAAAGAUUGUUUCAUUAUAUUUCAGCUUGUUUGCUACCACCAAAAUUACUGCAACAAUAUUUGAAUUCUAUCAACUCUGAUAGAAAAUUAGAAUUACUCGAGACUUUUAAUGACAAAGUAGAAUUUGUAGCCGAAAUUAGAGAUCUUUAUCAAGCUAGCUUUUUAAGUUUUUUAAACGACUUGGUGCAAGAUACCAGACAAGAAUUUCAAAUGGAAAAGGCUUUGGAAAAUGCAUUUGUCAGAUUGGAUAACGACCUAUCGAACGAAGCUCUGUUGCAGCUAAAUAAGAAAGAUGCCGCGAGAACUCUCGCUGUUGCAAUGUCAGGUACGGUAGCCGCCGUGGCACAUAUAGAUGGUCCUCAUCUUCACGUCGCAGGUGUUGGUGAUUGUAAAGCCGUCUUAGGAGUACUCUCAGAAAACGAUGGAUGGUCGGCUAAAGUAAUGACUGUAGAGCAUAACGCUGAUAACCGUGCGGAGGUAGAAAGAAUCUUGUCAGAGCAUCCAUUAAAUGAGAGAUCGACUGUGAUUAAAAUGGAAAGACUGCUCGGACAAUUGGCGCCGCUUCGCUCUUUGGGUGAUUUUCGCUACAAAUGGACUAAGAACGUUAUGAAGAAAGUUGUGGUGCCGUUCCUUGGUGAGACAGCGAUUCCUCCAAAUUAUCAUACACCACCAUAUCUCUCGGCCAAUCCGGAAGUCAGAUAUCAUCGACUGACGCCAAGAGACAAAUUUCUCAUAUUAGCCAGCGACGGACUAUGGGACCUAAUCUCACCGUUGCAAGCUGUGCGUUUAGUAGGAGAACAUAUGAGUGGCAAGGUUACACUCAGUCCAUUGAGAUUACCUCGUAAAAAUAUGAAACUGUCCGACAUAAAUGAAAUGUUGCUGCAACGCAAGGAAGGCUUGAAGAAGAAACCCCUCGACAGCAACGCGGCGACACAUUUGUUGAGGAAUGCUCUUGGUGGUACAGAAUAUGGAAUAGAUCAUGCCAAAUUGUCGCAAUUGUUGACUCUGCCAAGCGAAGUGGUGCGAAUAUUUCGCGAUGACAUCACCAUAACGGUCGUUUAUAUGGAUUCAGAAUUUCUAAGACAUUGUCCUCCCUAAAGUUGUCGCAAUUUCUCACUAUUUUUUAAUACCAAUUGUGUACCAGUAUACAGCUUGUUAUUUAUUUAGUUAACAAUAAAAACAAUUUACAUG